AUGUCAAGUACAAAUAAGACUAGUGUGCAUCCUACCAGUUUCUUCCUCCAUGGUAUUCCAGGUCUGGAAGCUGCCCACAUUUGGAUUUCCAUUCCUUUCUGCCUGGUGUACAUGAUGGCUGUUCUAGGGAACAGUACCCUUCUAUUCAUCAUCAAAUCUGACCAUAGUCUGCAUGAGCCCAUGUAUCUCUUCCUCUCUAUGCUCUCAGUGGCAGACUUAAUUCUCACCACUACCACACUCCCCAAGAUCCUCAGCCUUUUCUGGUUCAAUGAUAGGGAGAUAAGUUUUGAAGCUUGUCUUACACAAAUGUAUUUUAUUCAUUCACUGUCCACCAUGGAGUCUGGAUUCAUCUUGGCCAUGGCUUUUGACCGCUAUGUGGCUAUCUGCAACCCCCUUAAACAUUCAACUAUUCUCACUCACACAGUUGUUGGAAGCUUAGGCCUAGCCGUUGUAUUUCGUGGAGCUGUGUUGCUCAGUCCUCAUCCAUUUCUACUGUGGUGGCUUCCCUAUUGCAAGAUAACUAUCAUCUCACACACAUACUGUGAAUUCAUGGCCCUGAUCAAGCUGGUCUGUGCACCUACCAGGAUUCAAAGAGCUUAUAGCUUAAUUAUUGCCUUCCUUACAGGUGGUAUGGACUUUAUAUUGAUUAUGUGUUCUUAUGUCCUUAUUCUACGUGUUGUAUUUAACUUGCCCUCUAAUGAUGCUAGGCUUAAGACACUGGGCACUUGUGGUUCUCAUGUGUGGGUAAUUUUGGUAUUCUAUACUCCUGCCUUCUUCUCCUUCCUUACACACAGGUUUGGGCACCACAUUGCUCACCAUGUCCAUAUUUUUGUGGCUAAUAUCUAUCUUCUUAUCCCACCUAUGUUGAACCCCAUCAUCUAUGGAAUUAAAACCAAACGCAUCAGACAAAGGUUCCUCAAAGUGUUUGUAGUGAAAUAUGUCUAA